AUGGGUAGUACUAAAUUCAACGGCGUCAAGCCCGUAGCUCCCAUCAAUGCACCAGCUGAGGAAUCUACAAGGAGAGGUCGCGGUCGAGGCAGGGGUAGAGGAAGAGCUAGAGGUAAUUACUUUGGAACUCCACAUCAUAAUGUGAUUCAGGAUAGCCAGGAAGUCGCACAUUCGACAGGCAAUAUGCCAUGUUUUGAUCGUACAUGUUACAACUGUGGAGAACCUGGGCAUAUAAGGAGAUAUUGUCCCCACCCACAUAUGAUGGAGUCCGCGCAACAGCGGACUAAAACAGUGGUACCCAGGGGAAAUGGUAAUAAUGGUCGAGGGCGUCCACAAGGUCGGCGAGGAGGUAAUCAUCAAGGCCGCAGAGGUAGAGGAAAUGGUAACACAGGCAGGGGUAACAUGCAACCAGGGAAGUCGCUCGAUAUGAUGAUAUGGCUCAGUUUUAUGCCUUUCCGGGUAAGAAUGAGAUAG